UGUGUGUGUCCGGCUGUGUGAGUGUGUGUAUCCAGGCUUUGUGCUUGGAGUUGUGGAGUCGGAGUUGAGGCGGAGCGGCGGAAGGUGGAUCAUGUUGACUCAGUGCGUGUGUGGCCGUUUCAGAGAGUGUUAGAGAGCGUAGUGUGUGUGUGAGCGGAGUCACAGCGGAGAACAGGCUGAGUUUAAAACAGCACGAUGGUAACGGAGAAUGACGCCAAUAUGACGGCGGGAAAUGCUUUAAAGAUGAGCUCAUUCAGCACACGGGCCCUGACGCUCCUCUCCUCCGUGUUUGGGGCAUGUGGGCUGCUCCUGGUGGGUGUCGCCGUGUCGACAGACUACUGGCUGCUGAUGGAGGAAGGCAUUGUUCUGCAGCAGAACCAGACCACAGAGGUGAAGAUGGCACUGCACUCCGGCCUCUGGAGGGUCUGCUUUGUGGCUGGACCAGAAAAGGGGAGAUGUGUGGCGUCAGAAUAUUUCACUGAGCCAGAAAUCGAGAUCACGACAGAGAACACAGCAAAUAUACUGAAAAUGGUGAGGACGGCAACCCCCUUCCCCAUGGUCUCCCUCCUUUUCGUCUUCACAGCCUUUGUCAUCAGCAACAUCGGCCACAUCCGGCCACAGCGCACCAUUCUAGCCUUCGUCUCUGGAAUAUUCUUCAUUCUGUCAGGUUUGAGUCUGGUGGUGGGUCUGGUACUGUACAUUUCCAGUAUAAACGAUGAGGUGAUGAACAGGCCGAGGGAGCCGGAGCAGUUUUUCCACUACCACUAUGGCUGGUCCUUUGCCUUUGCCGCCAGCUCUUUCCUGCUCAAAGAGGGUGCCGGCGUGAUGUCAGUCUACCUCUUCAUGAAGCGUUAUGCUGAGGAAGAGAUGUACCGGCCCCACCCGGCUCUCUAUCGUCCCCGCCUGUCCGAGUGCAGCGACUACAGCGGCCAGUACCUGCACCCUGAGUCUUGGCCCCCUCCUCAGCGCGGCCGUAGCGCGUCUGAGGUGUCCAGUGACAUCUCCAUCCAGCUCAACCAGACCUCCCCGCCGUCAGGGCCCAAGAGCGGCCUGACCUCCAAUCCCCCGUCCUCAUCAGGCCCGUCCUCCGCGGCCAGCUACCACCUCCAGCCCGCAAGCUCCUCCUCUUCUUCUUCCUACCCACACACCCUUCACUCCUCGCACUCCGGAGGCCCCGCCCCCCAGUCCCUCCCGAUGGCCACGCCCCCAUCCGCCGUGCCGCCUCCACACUACCACACACACAUGAGGAUGAGUGCUUCGCCCUGCUAGAUGGAGAGAAGCCAGCACACAUACACACACAUUGAUGCACACAUACAGUACACAGCAGAGGAGGUGGGAGGUCAGGGAAAGGGCGAAGGGAGGGCUUUACUCAAGGCUCAAGGGAAUGAAAAAAACAUGGGCGAGAAAGGGGAGGGGGUGAAAUAAGCUAAAGGAGAAAGAGAGGAAGGUUAGGCCAAAAAAAGAUGUGAGAGAUAGCAGGAAGUGGGGGGAGGGGGGGGUUCAUUUUUAACUUUGUGCCUGAGAUUGACUGCAACUGACAUUUCAACACAUUAUCUGAACUAGACAAAGUGACAGGGGGAAUGAGCCAAGGUUAGAGUGACUGUAACAUUGCAGGGGGAGAGAAAAAGAAAAGAGGCGAAGCAAUCAAAACAUUCAAAACAAAUGAAAUAAUAAUUGAAUAAUAAUCGAUAACCUUAUGAAUUGUUGUACCUUUUAGCAACAAUUUUCUCUCCUCCCUGACAUCUUGAGAAAAUAGACUUCUUUCCCAUCCUCGUCAUUAUUAUUUGUAUUACCUAUUUCUUGUUUGUACUGAAAGCAAGGGGAUAUAUGAAUGUAGCCACGACAAAAACAGCACUGACAAACAAAAUCCCACUGACAAGGCCUAUUUAACCACAACUGCUAAAAACUGUAUAUAAUGUAUCAUAGCAGACCCAUUCCAGAGGGGGGCAGCCAUUUAAAUGACAUAUCCAGGUCUCCAGAUCUCUGCCACUGUUUUAUUCUUUGUGCCUUGGCACACUGAGUCCACCAGUGAGCUCCUGGUCUCUCUUUUAUCUCUAAUUUGCAACAGAUCGAGUGUUCAGAAGAGCUGGCUGGUAAUUGCCCCAUUCAGAUUCAUUACGCUCAGCUCCUUGGUGUUGCUGCGUUCAGUAUGCUUGGUGUUUUCUUGUGCUGUCACCUUCAUAUGCAAAGGCGCCCAGGAUGCGUCUCAAAAUGUUUACUUUUAUCUGUAGCAGGGGCUGCCCUUUCAGUUGGGACUGAGUUUACACGUUCAUGUGCAGCAUUUAAUGAUGCAAUGAAUUCUGCUGUUCCGCUAUUAAUAUCGGUCUAUUCUUACUAUUCUUGCUAUUACUUAUAGUGCUAUUCUACUACCACUAGUAUUAUUAAAUCUUAUCUAUUGUGUCAUAUUAUUAUGUAAGUAAUACAGUAUGGGAUUUGUGGACAAUAAGCAUGAUAGACUGAGGGAAAAACAUUUAGUGGACUGAAUGAGUUUUUAGACUGAGCAUCAUGGAUGGAAAUUCCAACAGAAUUUUCACAGCACAAUGCAAUUGCAAUGCAAAGUUGCCCCCCUUUAUAGCUCCUCUACUGUGGUGCACAGGGAGAAAUGAUUAUAUACGGCUCUAUGAUUGCCCCCUGGUGGCCAAUAAAUGUUUACUACAACAAAA